AUGUGCAGAGAGUAUUCAGCACUCUUAGCUGCAGAAUCAGAGGAACCCAGUGGUAGCGCCUCUACGAGCGUCGACUCUAUUGGGUUUGCUACUCAUGCCCCGGAAGCAACUACGGCAUAUGAGACACCCGCCUUUACGUUUGCUACUUAUACCCCAGCAUCAGCUACAGAACCAGAAACACGCAGCAACGUCGCCUCCCGGAGUACCGACUCGGUUGGGUUUGCUAUUCACACCCCGGCAUCAGGAGCAACAUCACCAGACACGCCGGCCGAGAAAUUGACCGGACUUGCCGCUCACGCAGCAAUUUGGUGGCCGGACCAGUAUGCUACCAACUCGCGCAGACUCGCUCAUGUGGCAGUAUCACCUAGAGAAUUAGAGCAAUCCAGCGACAACGCCUCUACAAGCGUCAAUGCGGUCGGGCUUGCUACUGAAGUUCCAAUAUCGGGAUCAAUAACCCCGGACACGCCAAUCAAGGAAUUGACCGGACUUGCCGCUCAUGCAGCAACUUGGUGGCCGGACAACGAUCCUACCAACUCGGGCAGGCUUGCUCAUGUGCCAGCUGCAACACCAGCAUCACAAGCAGAACUUGUCAAUAGCUCAACCGGACUUGUUGCUCAUGCGUCAGCUUCGCCAGCAAUGUCGGCACUAGUAUCUCACGACGACCCCUUUCUAAGUGACAUCUAUCCCCCCUGGUACCCUCCAAGUGACGGAUUGAUGUUGGGCGGGAUUCCUCCUGAAGAGGAUGGCCAGGCAGGUGCGGGGCAAGCCGUUACUCAUGGGGAAGAUGGCAAUUUCGGUUUCAAUAUCGAUUUCGGUCUCGAUUUCAGUCUCGGUCUCAAUUUCGAAAUGGAUCCUUCAAACAGGCCAUACCAGGGCGGCCCGUGA